AGAAGUUCAGUUCGAGGGAUCCGAUCGGUGGACAGUGAAGUCUCAUUUCGAAAAGUGAAAGUCUGAAAGACAAUUUUGCUGUUUGCUAGCUGUUGUUUCAUAUUCUGUAGCUCUUGUACUUGGGUUGAUGAAUCAGUGACUUCUCUUCGAAUGCUUUGGACGUGGCAGAAUAAGCUGUUGAUCAAGUGGUAGUUAUUACUGCCGGUCAGAGUCAGUGACUGUAAACUUCAUUUGUAGAAGGCAGUGAGUUGCCACAUCUGGGAUUGGACAUUUUGGACACAGCUACCUGACUGCGCCCAGAUCAGCCCAUCAACAAUGCUCUCAGGUGCAUCGCGGAUCCAGCCUCGUGCAGUUUUCAACGGGUGUGGCCAGGGACUGUGGAGGCAGCGCUGUCGAAGACAUGCGUCCACCGUAGCAGGAUCAGCAUUUCGUCCGAAGCGCAAAAUACCCGGACUGUCCCGCAUCCUUGCGUUGUCGGUCAUUCCCAUAACGUGCACGUACCUGGGCAACUGGCAGGUCCGUCGCAUGAAAUGGAAGGAGGAGCUGAUCAAGAACGAGAGAGAGGAGCAGAAGAAGCCGGCAGUCGACAUGCCGCACGACUUGACAGAACUCAGCAAGUUAGAAUGGAAGAAAGUCAGAGUACGCGGCGAGUUUGACCAUAGUCGUGAGCAGUUUAUCGGUCCACGUCCAUUGAUGAAACCUCCCGCUCUUGAAGAUCAUAUCACGUACAGUGGAUAUAUUGUACUUACACCCUUCCGCUGUGCACACAAUGGGCAAUGGAUUCUCGUGAACAGAGGGUGGGUGACUCAGGCUAACAAGAAUCCCAAGUACCGUCUAGCAGGCCAGGUUGAAGGAGAAGUAGAGAUCGUUGCCAAAGUGAGAAAGGGAGAAAAACGACCGACGGGCACCACGAGGAAUAGCAUUGGCAAGAACACGUGGACUUACAAGGACUUGCCGGCGAUAUCGGCGUACUGUAAGACGGGGCCGUAUCUGGUGGAUGUUGUGCUAGAGAGCAGCACACCGGAUGGUCCUAUCGGUGGACAGACACCUAGUCACCUGAAGAACAAACAUUUGGAAUACGUCGUUACAUGGUACGGUAUUGCCAUCGUCACUGGCCUAUUCAUCUUCUCCAUGCUGAAAAAGUACAUGCGACAAGUCCGACGCCAGCGUGAUCUCCUCAACGCUGCAGCACAACAGCAACGACAGCAGCAGCAGCAGCAGCAGCAGUUGUCUAGCGCCAAGCCUGGCAACGAGAGCGGUGGUACUCCAGUGUGAGUGCCAGUACACUCGGACCCACGUACUACCCUGCAGAUGUGCUUACGACACUCCAGUGCAGCGUGGGAAAAUGUAUUCUGUUUGGUAAAAAGCAAUGCCCUAUUCUUGUUUUAUCCCUGCUGCAAUUCUGCUAUUGCUGCACAUGCUGUCAGCAGCACAGCCUCUGUGUCUUUUGGCUUUUGGCAUAAUUUCACGUAUCGAAUGAAUUUCUCGCCUGUAUGUGCUCUGUUGAUUGCUGGCUGUGCCCGUGGUGGUGUCUACUGUUUUUUUUUUUUGGUUUUUUGGUUGAUGCAGCCGAAUGGAUUGUACCCAUAGUGAAUUUCUUACGUUGCUACGUAUACUUUAGGUUGGAACAUAGCCAUUAUAUAAAUACUCAUGCCCUUCAUCAUUAAUUUUGUUCAUAAAGUGUCUUGAUUGUCACCUGGAUGUUCAGCUAUUUAUCGAGAACCGUAUCCCAUGUUUAGAUGUACAUGUACAUUGCUGAAGGAAUUUAAAAUAUACUGUACAAGUAUUAUGCUGAACUCAUACAUAGCCAAUGAUCACGUCACUGGGAAUGAACUAUGGUGUCUCUGCCCUCUGA